UCUUGCUGCUAGAUCGCAUGGCGCGGCGUGGCAUUCUUUGGCGCCGGCGCGAGCGCCGCUAGCGACAAAUGUAGAUUGAGCUUGUUCUUCCUCUCCUCGCUCUUCUUUCUUCGAUGCGCCCGCUCGCCGCCGCCGCCGGGGCGAUCGCCCGGGGCUGGAUUAGGUCUGCUGCCUCGCAUCUUUCUUUCGUCCUCCUCGCAAGGUUUUAGGCGAGCGGAAUUUCGGAGAGCGAUGGGAGGAGAGCUCCUGGCGUGAUGGCACGGGGCAAUGGAUCGGUCGUAGCAGCGGCGUCUCUAGACAUAGAAUGGAUGAUCCUCUCCUUUUUGUGACGAGCAGGAAUAGCAGCGAUGACGAUUGCGAAGAUCCGGCGCCUUUCUUCCACGGGGCCGGUUGCGCGAUUGGUCUGGAUUGCCGCCUAUCUCAGCGUCACGCUCGCGGCUCUCAUGUCGACCUAUUUCUUCCCAGCGCUCCAUUCCCUGCUCCUGGCCAGCAAGGAGCAGCGAUUUCCAGCCGCGAUUGGGGAUCUUGGCGGGGCGCAGCAGCAGCAAAUUCAUGGCCGCGAUCCCAUGAAGUGGACGUGGGAGGAGGCUCCUCUCCAUUUCUUUCGAGGAACAAAGCAGGAUUCGAGCUCCAGUCUUGACAAGAAGCUGUGGAAGCACCCACCAAACCGGGGAUUUGUGCCUUGCGUGUUGCCGAGCCGGAAGUAUAAAGCUAGCAAGGGGCCAUCAAGAGGCUUCUUGGUCGUCCAGAGCAAUGGGGGAUUGAAUCAGAUGCGCGCAGGGGUAAUGUCAUAUUGCUGGGAACUGGUCACUUGUUUUGACAGCUUUGUUUUUUCAUGCCAGAUUUGUGACAUGGUAGCAGUAGCGAGAAUUUUGAACGCAACCCUCGUCAUCCCGGAGCUGGACAAGCGUUCCUUUUGGCAGGAUUCUAGCAAAUUUUCAGACAUCUUUAAUGAGGACUACUUCAUAGAGGCACUAGAGCAGGAUGUAGAUAUCGUCAGGAAGCUGCCCAAGGAGGUUGCCGACCUUCCGAAGUCUCGCAAGCAGUUUAGGAGCUGGUCCAACGUGAAGUAUUACGAGGAAGAAAUUGCUCCCUUGUUCGACGAAUACCAGGUUAUUCGUGCGGUGAAGUCGGACUCGCGGCUAGCGAACAACGGUUUGCCGGCUGACAUACAAAAGCUCCGGUGUCGAGUUCACUAUGACGCGCUUCGUUUCUCCUCUCGCAUAGAGGAAUUCGGAAAGAUGCUCGUGGACAGGAUGAGGAUGCACGGACCGUAUAUUGCUUUGCAUCUUCGCUACGAGAAGGAUAUGCUAGCCUUCAGCGGCUGUACGCAUGGGCUUACUCAAGACGAGUCAGAUGAGCUUGCAGAUAUACGGGAGAGCACAGCCCAUUGGAAGGUAAAGAUUAUAAAUGCCACGGAGCAGCGAGCCAAGGGCUUCUGUCCUUUAACACCCAAAGAAGUUGGCAUUUUCUUGCAAGCGCUAGGAUACCCUUCGGCGACCCGAAUUUACGUUGCGGCAGGAGAGAUAUAUGGUGGGAACGAGCGAAUGCAGGAGCUACAGGCACGGUUUCCAAACUUGAUGAGAAAGGAAACAGUUGCUACGCCGGCCGCGCUCGCACAAUUCUCGAGGCAUGCAUCGCAAAUGGCGGCUUUGGACUACAUCAUGUCAGUCGAGGCUGACGUCUUCGUGCCAUCCUACUCGGGAAACAUGGCCCGUGCAGUGGAAGGCCACAGGAGGUAUCUCGGUCACCGAAAGACGAUAAUACCAGACAGGAAAGCGCUGGUCGAUCUGAUAGGCAAGACCGAAAGUGGUGUGCUCGAGGACUCGGAGCUGUCAAAGAGGAUCAUAGACAUCCACAAGCGCAGGCAAGGCGCUCCUAGGAAACGAAAAGGCCCUGUCGUGGGUAGCAAAGGCAAGGACCGCUUCCGGACCGAGGAAGCGUUCUACACGAAUCCUCUCCCGGACUGCCUGUGCAAUAAGAACUCCGACGACGACAACGCUAGCUCGCAACAACACACAAACUACACAAUCGACGCUGUAAGUAAUCACCACCCCCAACUCGAAUAGAAGUAAGUGCCAAUGUUUUUUGUUCCUUCUCUCUUUCCUUUCGAGAGAGAAACCAUUGAAAAGAACAGAGAAUUUUGAUGAUCAA